AUGCUCGGUACAAAUAACUUUCGAGUUAACAGCUUCGAUUCGCCUGAUUUCGAAGUUUUCUCAGGAAGCACAUUCGAGAAGGAGGAGGGGGUAACGGCGACCUACCAGACCAUCAAAAGCGGUAAUGAAGUACCCGAACGUGAGAACCACUGUUUUAGAUCAUAUGCAGUAGCAAUUUGUCAAGGUAGCCUCUCAGCUUGCGUAUUCAUUGUUGUUCUUCUUUGUCUUAUUCUCAGUGUUCUCACCACUGUAGAGGCGUAUACACGAAGAGCACAUGAACUUCUCUUUUUUAUGGAGGUUUUUCUGGUGAUAUUUUUCGGUGUUGAAUACUGUGUUCGUUUAUGGUCGGCAGGAUGUCGCUCCAAAUACCUUGGUAUUCUUGGACGUCUUCGUUUCGCUCGAAAACCUAUAUCACUCAUUGAUUUAUGUGUUGUAUUAGCGAGUUCAGUCGUGAUCUGCGUUGGAAGUGAGGGACAAGUGUUCGCAACAAGUGCGAUUAGAGGCGUUCGUUUCUUGCAAAUUCUUCGCAUGCUUCAUGUGGACCGUCAAGGUGGCACAUGGCGGCUCCUUGGAUCGGUUGUGUUUAUUCAUCGACAAGAACUGAUCACGACUCUUUAUAUUGGUUUUCUUGGGCUAAUUUUUUCAUCAUAUUUCGUUUAUCUGGCUGAGAAAGACCACGUCACACCUGAGGGAAGAGCCACUUUCUCGAGUUAUGCAGACGCACUCUGGUGGGGAGUGAUAACAUUAACAACGAUUGGCUACGGUGACGUUGUACCACAAACAUGGGUCGGUCGCAUUGUUGCAUCUUGUUUUGCUAUUUUUGCAAUUUCCUUCUUCGCACUUCCAGCCGGUAUUUUGGGGUCAGGAUUUGCACUCAAAGUACAACAAAAACAACGUCAGAAGCACUUCAACAGACAGAUCCCAGCUGCAGCAACUCUAAUCCAAUGUCUCUGGCGAUGCUAUGCGGCCGAUCGACAUUCCGUCUCAACAGCCACAUGGUCAGUACACGUUGAUCCGUUGACAAAUAAAGAGGACCACGACCACAACGGUGCAAAUCCAAAACACGGUACUAAUAUUGUGCAACGUGUCGUGCACAGAAAACUUAGAGGCCGACUGAAAUCAAUGACAACUGUGAAUGAGGAUGCACGAUUGAGUGACGGUGAAUUCGAUGAACCAAAUUUGGCCAAGUGUCAUGCGCGAGGCAAGAAGUUCAGUUUGUUCGAUUCAAAAUCAGAAGGUAUCGAUCAAGAAGUGGAUGCCGAGGAGCUUUCAAAUACUUCUCAUAAGAUAUCGCACAUUUCUGAGCUAACGGAAGUGCAUAAGAACGCCAUACGAGCCAUCCGUAAGAUCAAGUAUUUUGUGGCAAGACGUAAAUUCCAGCAAGCAAAGAAGCCAUACGAUGUUCGCGAUGUGAUAGAGCAAUACUCUCAAGGACAUUUGAAUAUGAUGGUGAGAAUAAAGGAACUUCAAAGAAGACUGGAUCAUACGUUGGGUAAACCAGGACAAUAUCAAGUGAACAAUAAGAAAGGGCAGUCGAUGACAAUCGGUUCGAGGCUAACGCGAGUUGAAAUACAAGUAAAUAUCUGCCUCCUUUCACAUAUCAACCAAAUCUCUUCUCGAUACCUCGCCUUGCAUUCGGCUUUUGACCGAUUCCAAACGAUCACAUCCUUCUCGCUGACCGCUCGACAAAAAUCUUACAGUCCCUUUGGCUUGUUCCAUGAGGGUUCGUCGCAGUGA